AUAAUCCAUGGAAUUAAGAUAUUUGAUAACGGAGAACAGAAUAAGCUGCAAAUGCAACAGCAUACUUCACACCACAAUAACAUUCCUCCAAUUGGUUCCCCAUGAGAGGGAAACAGCAACGUGGAGCGGAAGACUCGUUCUUCGCUCCAAACGCUUCUGCCGCUCACCACAAUUUGGGCUCAUCAAACCACCGCAGGCCCACACGUAGGAACCGAGGCUCACACCAACCGAACUUGAAAUACCGUGUCGUGAAUAAGCCUGAAGCGGUUUCUUCCUUCAACUCUCACUCCGUUGAGGAUGUCAACCUGGACGUAACUGUCGCAUCCCUAAAUCACCAUGGCGAGGACGCGGACGGUGCCUACGAGCUUAACACCGUUGACGGCACUGAUCGCGUGGCUGGGGAAGAAGGCGGCGAUAACGAUGAUGGUGAUGGAGAGGGCGAUAUUCAGACCAGACUUGAUAAGCUGCUCUGUAAAAUCGAGGAACCUGAUUUGUCCGAGGAGCAGAUCAGAAUCAAUGAUCAAUUGCAACAAGAUGAGAUACUUGUGGUGGAGUCAAUUUAUGGAGAAAAUGUUUUCGGCCUUGAGAGAUGGAAAGGCUUGCGUUGUUUUCAGAUACAUAUACACAUUGAUGUUUUGGGUGAAAUAGCCAUCACUGCUAAGUUGAACUCUCUUAAUCAACUUGAGACUGUAAGCAGCAGUUCAGAUGAAUUCUUAUACACUUUCAAAGUCCACUAUCUUCCCCCGGUUGUUUUGACUUGUUUAUUACCUAAGUCGUACCCUAGCCACCAACCACCUAUUUUUACACUCUCUGUUAAGUGGUUGGAACCUGCGAAGAUUCUGAGACUGUGUUCCAAGUUGGAUUCAAUAUGGGCUGAACAACAAGGGCAGGAAGUAAUUUACCCUUGGGUAGAAUGGUUGCAUGGUUCUUCUCUUUCUCAUCUGGGAUUUGAUGAAGAAAUCACACUUGGGCCUUAUGGCAUGAAUGUUGUCCAGGAUGAGCGUGUUGUUUCAGGAGCUGAAUGCAUUGAUAUUGAUAUUCCUUUUUUACGUAAUUACAAUGAUAAGAGACACAAUGAGAACUUCCUCAAAGAAUUACAUCAAUGUAACAUUUGCUUUGGUGAAUAUGCAGGUUCUGAGUUUAUCCGGUUACCAUGUAUGCAUUUUUUUUGCCUCAAAUGCUUGCAGACCUUUGCCCGGAUACAUGUAAAGGAAGGAACUGUUAGUAAUCUUCAAUGUCCUGAAGCAAAAUGUACAGUCAUGAUUCCACCUGGCCUUUUAAAACACUUGCUAGAUGACAGAGAUUAUGAGCGCUGGGAAUCCAUGAUGUUGGAAAAAACACUUGCAUCAAUGUCUGAUGUUGUUUAUUGUCCAAGAUGUGAAACCCCCUGUAUAGAGGAUGAAGACCAGCAUGCUCAAUGCCCAAAAUGUUAUUUUAGUUUUUGUACCCUUUGCAGGGAACGACGCCACGUUGGCAUAGCAUGCAUGAGUCUAGAUAUGAAGCUUCAGAUUUUGCAGGACCGUCAGAAUUCAUCCCAUUUAAAGGAAGAUCAAAAACGUAGAGAACGUGAAAAGAUUAAUGAAAUGCUCAGUAUGAAAGAAAUUCACCGUGAUUCCAAGCUAUGCCCUUCUUGUGACAUGGCAAUUUCUCGAACUGAAGGUUGUAACAAGAUGAAAUGUGGAAAUUGUGAACAAUACUUUUGUUACCGCUGCAACAAGGCAAUUGAUCCAUCAGAUCCUUAUGGUCAUUUCAGGGAUGGUUCAUGUGAGCUGUUCCCAAGAGAAAUGGUUGAGUCCUGGCAAGAGCGAAUAAAUAAUCGUCAGGUAGUAGGACAAUUACAGGCUGAGCUUUUUCCUCAACGAGGCUUGACAUGUCCUAAUUGUCGUCAAUUUAAUGCAAAGAUUGGAAACAAUAAUCACUUGUUUUGCUGGGCAUGCCAAAGCCACUACUGCUACUUGUGCAAAGAGAUUGUGAGGCGCGGCACCAAGCAUUAUGGACCCAAGGGCUGCAAACAGCAUUCCGAGGGCUAGUAUAAGCAUAAUGCCUUACGAUUUUAUUAAUUUUUUGUUUAUUUUUGGUACUGGGAAACACCACAGGUUCAAUAGGUUUUUUCAGAUUGGUGAAACCCCCGUGAUUAAAUGCAAAGGUCGAAACCAUCUCCAGUGAGUUCAAUUCUAUUUUCCGGCAAAAUAAAGUAGAGAUAGGAUGUGUUUCAAUUCCGUACAUUUUUUGUUUCUGUAAGAGAAAAAGUGUAAAAGGGAUUAAUUAGAAUGAUUUGUCAAUUUUUUUUGGGUGUUUCUUA